AUGUCUCGUAAAGGCGUCGGCCUUGCGGCCUUCGAUCGCUCCCGCCUCACCUCGGCGCAGUAUGCCUCCCACGGCUCGAAUCUGCGCAACACCAAUGCGCAAGCCCUCGAGACCCAGCUCUCCGUCUUCCGCUCCCUUCUCCAGCAGUUCGCGCAGACCCACGCAAAGGACAUCCGUUCGAACCCGUCUUUCCGCGCCCAGUUCGCCCGCAUGUGCUCCGCCAUCGGCGUCGACCCGCUCGCGUCCUCGUCCUCGUCCUCGGGCGGCGGCUCGUCCUCGAUCUGGGCGCAGCUGCUGGGCCGGUCGGUCAACGACUUCUACUUUGAGCUGGCGGUGCGAGUGGUCGAGGUGUGCGGCGCGACGCGCGACGAGAACGGCGGGCUGAUCGGGGUCCGCGAGGUGAGGGAACGGAUCAUGAAGGGGCGCAUGGAGGGUGCGAGCGAGGUGACCGAGGACGAUGUGCUGAGGGCUGUCGGCACGCUGAAGCCGCUGGGCAGCUCACACAGCGUGAUCAAGGUUGGCAGCAAGUCGUAUAUCCGAAGCGUCCCCAAGGAGCUCAACACGGAUCAGAGUGCCGUACUGGAGGCUGUGCAGGUAUUGGGAUACGUGAGCAUCUCAAUGCUGAUGAUUAACUUGCGGUGGCCCAGGGCGCGAGCCCAAACUGCAUUGGAGGAUCUUCUCGGUGAGGGCAUGUUGUGGGUGGAUAAGCAAUGUCCAGAAUCGGAGUACUGGAGUCCUGGGUUCAUGGUGGACACUGGUGAGACGCCGGCUGGAGAAUGA